CAACAUCAUACCUAGCUGUCGGGCCCUGCAGCCAUCUUCACAAAACAUCGUUUCCGUGCUCAGUCACAGUACAGAGUACUAGGAGGGCCGUUUCAAAGCCUUCACCUAUUAUCUACUCUCUCCCCUCAUCUUCCGCCCUGUCCUUCCGACCGCAUCACACCAUGUCUCGAUCCGCCGCAGACGCAACCCGGUUCACGGCCACGGGGCCCUACGCUAGCUCAAAGCCCAGCGGUGCCCCGUACAAACUCCCCGGGUUUUUAGCGAAUGAAUCGAAAUCGCAGAACAAUGGGUCUGGGGGAAACAGACAGGAGACGCCUAAGGAGAAGGUCGAGCGACUGCGAGCACAGGCACGGGCGGCCCGGUUAGCACAGUCGACUUCACGGGUUGACACAAUGGUGGAAUUUGGGCGGCGGUUUGCGAACAAGGCACACAAGACGAUGGUAUACACGCUCAUUACCGCGUCCGGCAUAUGCGGUGUGCUCACUGUCUACUCCAUGGUCUCCCUAACACUAUAUAACCGUCGCCAACGCGCCCUAUGGAUCGAGAAGGAAAUGCAGACACUCCGCGAUGCCCAAGCGGCUUAUGUGACCGGAACAGCGACAGCGGAACAACUGGAGCUGUUGAAAAAGGAGAAGAUUGGCGAAAUCUAUAAGCAGAAGAAGGAGGAGGAGAGGGCUCAACGGCCGUGGAACAAGGUCAAGAACUACCUGCUGGGUGGACUGAAGACCGAGGAGACUGCGCCAGCGGGGGCUGCUGCGGUGGGCGCGGAAAACAAUAAGCCCGGGGUUCUGGAAGCCCUUAACGCCGCCGCGUCUAAGCCGGACCAGGCUCCCUCAACCCCUAGCACUGCGGCUCCCGCUGCUCCGGGACAGUUAGACGUCCUCGCUGAGAACGCAGAGGCAGCUGCCAAGCAGACAACGAAAAGCUGGACGAGUUGGCUCACUGGUCGGUGAGUUGGGAGCUCGGGCUUGAAAAGAGACGAGACGAUUUGAAGAUUCAAAAGUAUAGAUUGUGUCCCGGGCGUCCCACCCGGGGUUGCAGCCGGGAUCCCCGCCUCGACAGGGUUGUCUGUCUCGGGCUAGCCGUUUCCUUUUUGCAUCGCAUCCGGUGUCAUCCUCUUUCACUUCGUUGUAGUUUACUAAGUCAGGUUGUGGCGUCCUCAGGUGUCUUUGAAGUUCGAACCUUGUACUUAAUACUGGGUCCGUUUUAUGUGAUGUACAUAUACAGUCUCUCAUCUUG